UCACAUUUGCUGACGGACAGACGGAGGGAAUUCCUAUAGUGUCCGGGUGUUCCACCAGUAGGGGUCUAAAAACAAGAACAGCUUUCCAAUAAAAAGUCAUGAUCCAAGUGUAGAUGUGUAAAUUGCUAAUACAAAUAGAUGCUAGCAGACAAAUAUAUGGGUAUCAAGGACAAAGCAUGAAAAAAAGGAAACAUUUGGCACCGCCUUGCAACGUAAAAAUAUUUGCUGCGAAGACAAACAAACUGAUUAAAAUGCCGAGCUGACAACAGAAGGAAUGGCGACGAAGGAGGAGAAUAUUACACGAGGUCAUGAUCUGUAUAUGAGACAUAUUUCACUUUUGGGUAAAGCUGUACCAUUAGCUUUAAAGGCUGUGAUUACAAAGAUAGAAGCAAAACACGGGAAGUCACUUGAUGCUAUUCUAACAGAAAAGAAAAAUACUAUCAAAACUUUUCACUAUGACUUGUUUCAAGCAUUGUUUAAGGAAGAUGAAGAAAGUGUUAAUACGCAAAUAGAAUCAUGGGGGUUAUUUACUAUGUGCGGUGUGAUCUUCAUUUUAUCUGAAAGUUCUAAACUUAACUGCGUCAGUUGCAUUUUUGACCAAAUAAGAAAUGUUGAAAAGUACACUCAUUCCGCGUCUCUGGAAUACAAUACAUAUAAGCAGCAGAAAUGGGAGUCGCUACGCGAAUCUUUGAUUGAACUUGUUAAAGGAAGUGAAGCCGAAAAUGAAUGUAAACGAUUGAUUCAUUCUUACGAAGCAUCGUUGAGUGGAAACAAAGGAUGCAAGGUAGAAUCCAAUGAUACAGCAGAAACAACAGAGUUUAUUCAGCAACUUUCCCACAUUGUUGUGCAUGAAGAUGAAUCAGUUGUUCUUUCUUGUGAGCUUAACACAAAUGGGUGUCAAGCUGAGUGGCGUAAAAAUGAUAAACCUCUCAUUGAAACGGAAACUAUCAGGGUUUAUGCAGAUAAAGGUUAUCACUGGUUGAUGUUUGCAAGAGCAAAACUUGAAGAUACUGGAAAAUACUCAUGUAUCUACAAAACAUUGUCGACGUCAGCUUUCGUUAAAGUCUCAAAACACGAUUUAAUUGUGGUCAAAGCUCUACAUGUAAAUGUUGACGGACAGGUUAAAGAAAAUAUGGAUAUAUCUCUUGUAUGCACUGUUAACGCACACACAAAGAACCCAAAAUGGUUCCAUAACAACAAGGAAAUCACACAAUCGCCUCGAGUAGAUGCCGAUUCACAAGGUCUGGAGCAUAAACUUACCAUUCGGAAUGUGCAGUUUGACGAUGACGGACUGUACGUAAUAGCAUUUGAUAGAGUUACGUCAUGUACAACAAUAACAGUAAAGGGCGAAGCUGACCUGUCAGUAAAACUUCAACUAUCAGAAAGACUUUACACCAACUGGGUAAGAGGUGUUCUUGGUCUUAAAUACCUAAAACUUGGUAUAGAAGGUGUAGCAAAGAAAGAAGUGAAACUUCGCCAUACUGAGAUAUUGAAGAAUCUGCCUCAUUUAAAACAACCAUGUACACAAUGUAGUACAGACAGUCUUUAUCCCUUGCACAAUAAGAAACAAUGUUACAGAACACAAAACAAGAAUAAGUGUCUAUGUUCAGAUAACCAACAUAAUAGGCAGCCGUGUCCUAAUAAGGGAUACUGCAGUCUGUUUUAUGACCAAAUAGUUUCCGAUCAUCGAUUCGAGCAUCCUGAACUGGAGAACACACAACUUGAUCGAUGGAGCUCCGAUCCAUGGAGUGUCGCAACUUGCUAUAUAAAUACCAAAGGCUACAAAGAGAAGAGGUCUUCUAAAGAAAUAGACUGCGCAGGACUGCUGAGUUUGUUCAUAAAUAACAGAAGAUAUCUAACAGAUGUCAAUUAUGGUGUUUUUGAUAUGGCGAGAACCACUCGCAAUGAGAUACUGCACAAUGCGAAUUAUGAACUGUCAGACGACCAACUUCAUAAAUAUUUCGGUAACUUCAAAGAUGUACUGGAAGUCAAGAACAAUGCUAAUAAGAUGGUAUUUGCAAAGGAUGAAAGCGUAAAAGAAGCAUUGAAAAAUAUUGACAAGUUAAAACAGCAUCAAAUUGUUAUUGCUACAUCAAAAGAAAUCCAGAACUUAAAAGGCCAUGCAAUGAAGGAAGCUGCUGAUGCGUUUAAAGAAGCUCAGAAACAAAAUAUAGACGGCACUCCAGUACAGCAUGUGCAUGGUUGGACCUGUUGACAUUUUUAGAAACGCACCUUGGUCUAUUAUACAGAGUAUUGUUGUACUGCUCCAAAGUGCUUGUUGACAGACUGAAACCACUUGCUUGCAGCUCAUAAGGUUCACUUUUUGAGUGCAGGCAGCUACAAAAUGGAAGGUCAACAAAUCCAGUAUACUUGAAAAGAAAGAAAGAAACACCAGAAAAUAUAAAAAGACAGAAGAACAAGGGAACUUUAAUAAAAAAAACUUUUAAGGAUAGGAAUUCAGGAUUUAUUUAGAAACUAAAAUUAUUUUGAGAACAGCAGUGUUUGACUAAGCUCUGUUACUUAACGAGAUAAUGUAUUAUCACAUUGGUUUUGUUAUUGUCGAGCCCGCUUGCGGAAGCGAAGACAUAGUUGUCAAAAUGUCUAUUCGGUGUAUGUGCGUGCGUCCGUCCGUCCGGAUUUGUUUGUCCGGACCAUAAUUUGGACAUGCAUGGAGCAAUCUUGUUUAUAUAUGGUAUAAAUGUUAACCUCAGUAAGACGGAGUGUCAUGCGCAAGCCCCAGGUUCAUAUCUCAAAGGUCAAGAUCACACUUUCAGGUCAAAUGUCAAAUUCAAAAAUGACUUUGUCCGGAGCAUUUCUUCUUCAUGUAUGGAGGGAUUUUGAUGUAACUUGGCACAAUUGUUCACCAUCAUGAGAUGGAGUGUCAUGCGCAAGAACCAGGUCUCUAGGUCUAAGGUCAAGGUCACACUUAGAGGUCAAAGGAUACAAGAAUGACAACUUUGUCUGGAGCAUUUCUUCUUCAUGCAUGGAGGGACUUUGAUGUAACUUGGCACAAAUGUUCAUUACCAUGAGACGGAGUGUCAUGAUUAAGAUCCUAGAAUUACUUCCCUUUGUUGUUACUACAAAUAGCUUACAUUUGUAACUUUUUUAUUACUGGUCGUAGGGAAAGAUCAAGACCACUUUUCUGUAGUACAACAUGCAUGUUACAUCCAAUUUUCAGGUGUAUUUUGACCUAUCUCUGCUGGUGCGGAUUUUUA